AUGCUGUGGAUCCGCAGUAUUCUGCCCCAAUGGCUGAUAGUCGCAUUUGGGGCUAAUGCCUUCGAUAUGUCCGUAUUCAAUCCAAAACUCCCUGUCUUGGAGGACCCAAAAAUGGCCGUGCAACGUCUUUUGGAACUCCGGAUAGCAACUCCUGAUAUGUCGACGCUUGGGAGAAUCGACCAGGAGACCGUGGAAUUCUUGAAUCACUUUGGAGGCACGCCAUCGCCGUUAUUUGGGGUCUCUCUUACACCAGAAAACGGGAAAACUACCAUUAUCCUGGAGGGAAUAGCGCCUGAAGUUGGGUCGUCAGUCAAAGCAGAAUACACUGACAUCAAUGUGAUUCCACAUUCUUCCUCGAUCGAAACCUCCCUGGAAUCACUUUUGAAAAUGAAAACCAGCGAUUCUGCUGAGCCUAAGGAAAGGUAUUGUAGUUUCUAUGGCAACAAGGGAAUCGAGCUGUACAAGGCUUUGAAGUGCCUCUUAGAUACUCAAGUUUCGCAAGAUAUUCUUGAGGGUCUCGAGAAGGGGUUGCUCGAGCAUGCUGAUAUGCUUGAAUCUUGGGUUGACACCACACGGUCUGAGACACUUCUGAGACUCGUGCUCAAGCCUGCGAAUAUAACCUCGGAUUCUGUUGACGUAACGGAUUCCCUAAAAUCGCUAUUUCGACAUAUAUCUACCGUGUCCUCAGAGGUAACAGCGUUGCUUUUAUCCAGGCCCACGAAGCCCACUGAGUCGAAUGAAAACCUGCAAACCCGAAGUCUUGCCAAUAAAGUGAGCUCCGCCAAGCUAGUCAAUUCGAGAUUUGAGCAGCAGGAUCCAAUCCCCGCGGCUCUAUCACCCAUUUGCUACGCUUCAGAAUCCUCUUGUUCCGAGUCAACCAAUAACUGUUCAGGGCAUGGACAUUGUUACAGGAAGUCUGGCUCGGGCGAAACAACUGCUAACGACUGUUAUGCAUGCAAGUGUCAGGCAACUACCGUUAGGAAACAGGAUGGCACUGUACAAAAAGUACAAUGGGGAGGAGCGGCAUGCCAGAAAAGAGACAUCAGUUCUCCUUUCUUCUUGAUUGCAGGUGUUACAGUUAUAGGGGUUCUGGCUAUAAGUACAGCGAUUGGUUUGCUAUUUCAAGUCGGACAAGCCGAACUGCCUAGUGUCAUAAGUGCUGGUGUUAGCGGCACAAAAAUUCAGAAAUAA